AUGACGAAAAAAGUGAAAGUUAUGUUACAAAUGUUGGUGAUGUGUAUGCAUCAUUUAACAGUAUUCUGUGCUGAGAUAUUGAACUCUCAAGAAAACAUCACAUUAGUGCCGAUGCGUCUCUUACAGAGAAAUGCUAACAACACGAACUACAUGUACACAUUAAACAGCCGAGCUGAGAUCAAAAUUUAUAUUAGCGGCUAUCCUGCACCUUCCCAGUACAAAAUCAGUAAAGAAUCAGGGGGAGUAACCAAUGAAUUCAUUGUUUCAUCAGCUAAAAGCUCUCUAAUGCUAGAGAGUUUCUUGAUAGUUCAUACAUUUGUCCUUGUUCCUGAAGGAAUAAUUACUUUUGUUGUUAAAACUAUAACACCGGACUCCUUUGGUAAUUACUUUCUAAGCAUUCAUAACGGAGUAGGGAAUAAUCUAAUUUACAGCUUCAAGUUUACGGAAGAGCUCAGCAGUAAAGGUGCUGCGGUUGCCGGAGGUGUGACAGCGGCUGCUGUUGUUAUGGUGGUGGCUACGGUCAUUGUGAUGUAUUUCAAGAGGAAAAGUUUAUAA